AGAAGAAGAGGAGGAGGAAGAAGAAGUGGGCAGCAUCAAUGUAAGCACAAUCAGUAGCCAUAGUAGUACUGUAUUACACAAACUGGAUGUACUUCGAUCGAAUAUGUCAUGGAAAAGUAGCUCUAUUAUGAACUAUGACCAUAUCCCUCUUACUCGUACACAAAAGACAUGGCUGAUGGAUAUUGAAAACCUGCUAAAAGAAAUGUAUGGAGCAAUUCGAGCACAAAGAAUUGAUCUCAUCCCUGAACAAUCGACACUCAUUUUACAGAGGUCUCGAAAGUUACCGAAAAGCACAAGACGUAAACGUGGUCAAUCUGUCAUUCAAGCUUCGUCAGAACAAAACCUUAUGUUUUUACCACCAUUGAUACGUAAAGAAGACAUGUUUAAACAAGGGCUCGUGAUGCGCAAACAUGUCAUGGAGGCAGCAGAUAAGCGUGCUAAACAUCGACAUUGGCAACUUUGUUAUCUUGUCAUGACAGAAACAGAAUUGAUCAUGUAUAAACCGUUUAUGCCUGAACAAAAUAGGCGCAAGAGUGCUUCGUUUGUAGGCCUCUGUUCGUUACAAGACAUGAUUCGAUUACAGGAUGAUUGGAAGCCAGAUAAGAGCCAGAUUUUGGUCAGAUUGCCAAUGAAUCAUGUGUAUGCAACAAUCUUACCACCUCCUGGCUGGAAUCCACAGCGUCCCCAUGUGUUUCGCUUAGAGACGGGCGAAGGUGGCUUAUGGUUAUUUGAGUCUGUUGAUCUGUUUGCUAUCCAAGCAUGGGUAGAGGCUUGUAAUUUAGCUGCUGCUAGGAUCAGUAAAGGAACAUUGCCCGGUGCUAUCAGCAACAUUGAUUAUGGUUGGGGAGCACAGUGCCAUACUGCAGCAUGUCAGGUACAGCCAUGGUAUCCGCCCUCGCAUUGCAUGAUCAGCAGUACAUUGGAAAUACAUGAUCAAUACUUGGAUAUCAAAUCACAAAUAGAUCGAUUAAAUGUUGAGUUGAAUGAACACAGAUUAUUCAAGUUAUCUGUAGAUGAAAAAUCUGCAGCAGCAAAGAAUCAGCACUCAAUGGAUGCUAUCCAAGCAGUUACCAAUUGGGACAAGAAACUACAUUAUAUCCUUCAUGAAAUCACGAAACUACAAGUCUAUAAAGAAAUGCUAGAGAUGACUAAAAGAGAGAAAAGGGAUGUGCUGGUUUACUCCUCCUCUUCUUAAAUAUAUAUAC